ACUCCGCGCUAUUAGAAGUGUGAGAGCCCAGCAGGACUCAGAGGGGAGAGUUGGAGAAAAAGGCAGAAAAGGGAAAGAAAGAGGAAGAGAGAGAGUGAGAGAGGCUGAGCAGACCCUGAUGGCUACAGACGAAGUUACAGGAGGGGCUCGCAAAGCUACGAAAAGCAAACUUUUUGAGUUUCUGGUCCAUGGGGUGCGUCCUGGGAUGCCAUCAGGAGCUCGAAUGCCCCAUCAGGGGACUCCCAUGGGUCCUCCAGGCCCCCCAUAUGUCGGAAGUCCCUCAGUGCGACCAGGGAUGCCCCAGACUGUGAUGGAAACAACGAGAAAGCGCACUGCACCCCAGCAGGUCCAGCAGCAGCAGGUGCAGCAGCAAGUGCAGCAGCAGCAGCAAGCCACUCAGAACCGAACCAGGAGUGCCAAGAGGAGGAAGAUGGCUGACAAAAUUCUCCCUCAGAGGAUCCGGGAGCUGGUUCCUGAGUCCCAGGCCUACAUGGAUCUGUUGGCUUUUGAACGCAAGCUAGACCAGACCAUUAUGCGGAAGCGUGUGGAUAUUCAGGAAGCACUGAAGAGGCCAAUGAAGCAAAAGCGAAAACUGAGACUUUACAUCUCUAACACUUUUAAUCCUGCAAAAUCUGAUGCCGAUGACUCUGAUGGCAGCAUUGCAUCGUGGGAGCUGCGAGUGGAGGGGAAGCUCCUGGAUGAUCUCAGCAAACAGAAGCGUAAGUUUUCGUCCUUUUUUAAAAGUUUGGUCAUUGAACUGGACAAAGACCUUUAUGGACCUGAUAACCAUCUUGUGGAGUGGCACAGAACUCCGACAACCCAGGAGACUGAUGGCUUCCAGGUGAAGAGACCUGGGGAUGUCAGUGUGCGAUGCACAUUACUCCUCAUGUUGGAUUACCAGCCUCCACAGUUUAAGUUGGAUCCACGAUUAGCCCGUUUGCUGGGGAUACACACACAGACCCGAUCAGCCAUCAUCCAGGCUCUCUGGCAGUACAUCAAAACAAAUAAGCUGCAAGAUUCCCAUGAUAAGGAAUACAUUAACUGCGACAAAUACUUCCAGCAGAUCUUUGACUGUCCACGGCUAAAGUUUUCUGAAAUUCCUCAGAGACUCACCAACCUGUUGCUGCCACCAGACCCUAUUGUGAUAAACCACAUUAUCAGUGUUGAUCCCAACGAUCAGAAGAAGACAGCUUGUUAUGACAUAGAUGUAGAAGUUGAAGACCCAUUAAAGGGACAGAUGAGUAGUUUCCUUCUUUCAACAGCUAAUCAACAGGAGAUUACAGCAUUGGACAACAAGAUUCAUGAGACAAUUGAAUCAAUAAAUCAGUUAAAAAUACAACGUGAUUUCAUGCUGAGUUUCUCCAAAGAUCCCAAAGGAUACAUUCAGGACCUUCUCCGAUCCCAAAGUAGGGAUCUUAAGGUGAUGACUGAUGUAGUUGGAAACCCAGAAGAAGAACGCAGAGCUGAAUUUUAUCAUGAGCCAUGGUCCCAAGAGGCUGUGAGCAGAUAUUUCUAUUGCAAGAUCCAGCAGCGCCGCCAGGAACUGGAACAGUCUCUGGGAGUGCGUAACACAUAAACACUGCUCUUGAGAUCCCAUUGGCAUCUUGACCACAGAACUAGUGGACUUAAUGAGUGUUACUUAGCUCACUGUUACACAUGGACCUACUUCCUGACUGAAUAAGCCCGUGCCGUCAGCACAGCAGUCAGGACAGCAGCUUUAGUGUGACCCUUGAAAAUCCGGCCCAUGGGGGUGUGUCUCAAACCAUUCCAGGCCAGAGACAGCAGAAGAUUUCUGUGCUCCAUGCAGGUGUCAAUGUCAAAGAAGAUUAAAGGUUCAUUCAUUACUUAUCAUCAUUAAUUUUUAGUGGAAAGUUUAGACACUA